GGGAACGGACGAUAAUAAUGGAAGGAUCGGCAAACGAGAAAAGUUGUGGCAAUUGCAUACGGGAAUCAUUUGAAAAGUUAUAUGCUGAGACUUAUCAGCGAGACCGAUUAACUCAGUCUCCAUUUCCAACAACUGCUGGCAUCACUGAAUAUUAUCUUAUUAUAGUAAAUUAG